AUGCCGCAUAACCUAAGAAAUCGUAAUUCGAUUCGCCCACCUCUGAGACAAUUCCGUACUGAUGACGUCCACGAGGGAUACGGCUGUUCCCUCCGCCGCACCCACUACGCAACGAGAUUCUGGAAACUUUUCCAAGUGUUAUUUGCAGGACGAAAAACUGAUGGUUACGAUGCUUUCAUAGAUGCUAUUUGCGUCUAUAAGGAAUGCCUGCACAUUACCGAUGGUAAUGCGAUUAAGGGAUUGACCAUGUUACUGGAUGGCCAAGCUGCUACAUGGUGGCAAGGAGUGCGAUCUAGUAUGCCGACGUGGAUUGAUGCUCUAAAGGCUCUUUGCCAUGCUUUUGGGUUUAACAAACCCCCACAUCAAAUCUUUCGUGAAUUGUUUUCGAAAGAGCAAGCUGAAAACGAAGCAACUGAAUUGUUCGUAGCUAACGCGCGUUCGCUUUUAUCGCGUUUGCCCGACACUCCGGAACUACACGAAGUUCCCAAAUUAAAUAUGGUUUACGGACUUCACAAUUUAAGAAUAAGAGAACGGCUACCCCGAGACGAAGUAAAUAACUUUGCCACGCUAAUUGAUAAGAUUAGGCCUAGGUGUGACUAUUGCCAUAACUUUGGUCAUCUGAAAGCAGAUUGUAGGAAGUAUGCUGCAACACAGACCAGUGCUCCAACACCCUCUGCGGAACAUAACACUGCAAGCGUCAACAGCAAACUGGUGUGCUUCGGCUGCGGUAAACCUGGCUACGUUAGGUCCCAGUGCCCCCAAUGCAAACCGAAAACUGGUGUCGUUAGAUCACCACCUGCUCCUCAAUCAACGUCGUCAGUCGAUGUUUUAAUGGCAAACACCAAUUCCGAUGAUGCCAAACGACCGAUGUUUCAAAUUAGCAUUUCUACCCUUACAGGCUUAGCUUGCGUUGAUACUGGCGCGAAGAGAAGUAUUGCCGGACAUAAGCUGUAUAGUUACCUAAUGGACUGCAAUUUUCCCUUCACCUCUGACCGGAUCGACAUGACCCUAGCAGAUGGCUGCCCUCGUCAAGUCGAGGUAAGAAUUUUCCAAUGUGAUGUAUUGUUAGAAGGGAGAUUAGUACCUUCCACAUUCAUGGCCGUACCGGAGCAUGAAGAAAGCAAGACUUUAUUGGGCAUUGACUUUCUCACUUCGGCAAAUGUUGUGCUAAAUAUACCAAAAAUGCAGUGGUGGUUCGAGGACGCGUCACACGCUAAGCACACAUUUCGUUCAAUCCCAGACUCGGUGCCAGUCAUGUGUUCCGACACUGAUGCAGACUAUGUCGACGUUAACAUAGCUUUACGUACCAAUGAGGCUACCUGUGUAAAUCAAAAGGACAAAGAAGACCUUGAGCGACUCCUGAUAGAACACAAGCAAGUAUUCAAACCAUCUUCUACUCCCACACCCUACGCAAAGCAUAGCAUUCGACUAACCGACGAAACUCCAAUUUCUGUACCACCGUACCGGCUGACAGCAGAAAAGACACGGCUUCUGAGGGAAGAAAUUGGCCAGCUACUUGCAUCCAAUGUGAUCGAGGAGCGUGAUUCCCCCUACGCCGCACCUGUAGUACUCGUUCCCAAGAAAGAGAUAAAGUUCGCUUGUGUGUCGACUAUCGACGACUAA